GGAGGAGGAUGGUCCUGCUGUCAAACACAGAUGAAAAUACAGCAGCAGGUUUCAGGAAGGCACCGCCGUUAGAUAAUCGCAUUUAUUCUCUCCUCGGAAGCGGCGGGGACCAAUGGGAACGGAGCGACGCGCUGAGGACGAAGAAAUCAUAUUAAUUUAAUUUGCUCCAACUCAUUAAAGCUGCCGGAGUCGGAGAGGCGACGUCCGCUGCGGAGCGGUGAUGCUGCACAGACACACACCGAGACUGCAAACUUCAGAGUGGAUCUAUAAACUGUAUUAACACAACCUCUGAUAUCUGAGCCUCUGUCUCUGCCUCUCCACACCAGCUGAUAUUCAGAUUAAUAACAACAGUUAUGCGGACGAUUUGGCUCCAGGCUUAAUUAGUGAGAGCCAUCUUCAUCAUAGCAACAGCUGAGAAAAUGCACAGGACAAAUAACAGAGACAUUAACGAGCUGAGGCAGCCCACCUGCGCCCUUUAAGCUGAUCGGCUUCUCCAAAGAUCCUCCCCAUAACCUCCUGUCAGCUGGACGUACAAAUACUUCUUCCACCCUGCCGCACAUCCUGCAGCCAGCAUGCCCAUCAUCAGUAAUGCCAACCAUGAUUUCAGCACCUACUCCAUCAGCAGCGAUGACAGCAGCCUCGACCGCUUCUUCACUGAGAUCCCAGAGACUGAGACCAUCAAGGGUGUUUACUUCCAACGAGCCCAGCUGCUUCGUGACCCCAAGGCCUCGUAUGUGGUCGACCACACCCUGCAGGUUCUUAUCAAUGUGGGGGGAAACCGCUACACCUUCCCCUGGAGCACCUUGGAGCAGUUCCCCCAGAGUCGACUGGGGCGCCUUCGCUUCUGCACCACCCCUGAGGAGAUCGCACGACUCUGCGACGACUAUGAUGAGACUUGCCAGGAGUACUUCUUUGACCGAAACCCGACUGCCUUCAGGGUCAUCCUCAACUUCCUGGCUGCAGGCAAACUGCGUCUGCUUCGAGAACUGUGUGCUGUGUCGCUGCAUGACGAGCUCGACUACUGGGGUGUGGACCCAGGUCACAUGGAGCGCUGUUGCCGCCGCCGCAUGAUCACCCGCGUAGAAGAGGUGGCAGAGAGAGAGCGUAAGGAAGAAGAGUGGAGGAAGAAGAGGGUGAUGCUGAAGAAAAGCACCACGGAGGCUGAGAAGGGCUAUCGCAGACUGAUCUGGAUGCUGAGAGAAGUGGUGGAAAACCCUCACUCAGGCCUGGCUGGGAAGACGUUUGCCUGCCUCUCUGUCAUCAUGGUGCUGGUCACCGUCAUCAGCCUGUGCAUCAGCACCAUGCCAGAUGUCAGAGAUGAAGAGACGAGAGGCGAAUGCUCCAAGAGGUGUCACAGCAUGUUUGUGGUGGAGUCCAUCUGCGUGGCCUGGUUCACGUUGGAGUUUGUGCUGCGGUUCGUCAACGCUCAGAGCAAGCUGGCCUUCGCUCGUGGCCCCCUCAACAUCAUCGACGCCAUCGCCAUCCUGCCGUACUACGUGUCUCUGGUCGUCGAUGUCAGAGACGAGUCGCAGGAGGAGGUUAUCAUGGGUGCCGGCAGAGGCUACCUCGACAAACUGAGUCUGAUCCUGCGUCUGCUGCGGGCUCUGCGGAUCCUGUAUGUGAUGCGACUGGCUCGCCACUCUCUGGGCCUGCAGACGUUAGGACUGACCAUGCAGCGCAGCAUGAGGGAGUUCGGCCUGUUGCUGCUGUUCGUCUGUGUGGCUGUGGCCCUCUUCUCGCCUCUGGUCCAUCUAGCGGAGAGCGAACUGGCACCAUUUGCUGCCACGCACCCCCACCACAGCUUCAGCAGCAUCCCAGCCUCUUACUGGUGGGCCAUCAUCUCUAUGACCACGGUGGGCUACGGCGACAUGGUGCCGCGCAGCAUCCCCGGACAGAUCGUGGCGCUGACCAGCAUUCUGAGCGGCAUCCUCAUCAUGGCAUUUCCUGCUACCUCCAUCUUCCACACCUUCUCUCGCUCCUAUCAAGAGCUCAAACAUGAGUAUGAGCGGCUGUGGAACGAGGAGAGAGGCGAGGAGAGAGCCAGCGAGUCAGAGCAGAACUGGGCCAAGGUCGGUUUACCACCAGAUGAGCUCACGCCUGUGCCCAAAGACAAUAAUGAUGUGCUGCUGUCAAGCAAGAGCCAUCAGUCCACACUUCCAUCUACAGCUUUCUAAUGGAACGGGAAGUGUGCUGACACAUCUUCUCAGAAACAUGUUAAAAAUGGCGACAUUCAACUGUGUACGCUGUCCUGUUCAAGCACUUCUAGACUGUUAUAUGGACAGUGUAUUACACUUAAAGUACAUGUCUCUUCCUUUUCUGGAUUCACGCUUCAAUACGUUAAGCUUUCAACUACCUACUUAUCAGGUUAUAUUAAGCCUUUUCCAUAUCUGCAUAUACACCGUAUGCAACGCUAUUAACUAAACCCUUUAACUAAAACUGAACUCUCCUCACUUUGGACAAUAAGAGUGUUUCCCAGUGUUGGCAGGGCGGAGACAUUGCUGCUGAAUGGAAAACGUUGUGCUGUGCAGCUUUCAGACAUUGAUAAACACAACAUUAGCUGUUAGUCGCUUUAAGACACCUGUCCCUUUACGACGUCUCUGCGAGCUGAUUUUUCAGAGGAAAGCAACGACUGCCUGGGCAAGCCUGUCUCCUAGAAACUUUAUACAACUAAUUUGCAACAGCAAAUAAGUUUUGCAGGAAAUGUAAUUGCAACCAGAUUAUUAGGAGACAGGUUUGGCCUGGAAGGAAGGAAAGUAAUUUAAAAACUCAGACUGUGUCUGAAAUCAUUGCCUUCUUCACUCAGUCAUUCCUCCCUGUGUAACAGACUCUUGAUAGUGAGCAGUAAAUUGAGAUUUUGGACGUUUACUACUCAUUUUACAUCAUCACUCACUGCUGUAAAGUCAUGUGACUGUAAUUUUGUAUCUGUGGGAAUGUGUACAUGCUAUGGACACUUCACUUCCAUUUUUGAGGGCUCUACAUAUAUGUAGUGGAUAAAAUGGCUCAGGGUAAAUUGCAAGAGCAUUGUGUAAUGAAUAGGGAGUGAUAUCGGACACAGUGUUACAGUACGCUGAACAUCAGCAGUGUUUCAGACUCCUGUUCUUCAAUGUCUAGAUUAGACGUCUCGUAUCUCCUCAUGUCUCUGUUUAACCUACAGGCAUUUUCAAAAUAAAACUUAAUUCUUUUA